UGUCUGUUUUUCGGACAAAGGUCUAGUAACUUAAGUACUUAAGUAAGGCAACUUUUUAAACAAAUUAAAGAAAGGAGAUCGGUGUUCUUUGCUUAAGAGUUUCUAAGUGAAACCAACCGGUUUAUUUAUUUGAAUAUUCGUACAUGCAGCCAUGGCAUCCCGAAAGGCACCAGUUGACAUGUACACGGUGUCCCAGGUCCCUGGCUACAAAACUGUGAUGAGAGCGGUUCUAAAGGCGCAAAUACAUCAUCUGAUUGUACAGCUAUCCGAGAUUGGGGGUGAAGAUUCUGUCCUUCUUACAGCCAGUGUGGAGAAUGGUACACUUACUCAUCUUGGCUCAGAUGUUGCUGAAAGCUUUGUUGAAGACCAUGACAAUCUUAAGACAGAGUUUCUGGACCAUUGUAUACAAGCUCAAAAAAAGAGGCCCUAUACCAGUAAACUGCGCACCAACAUUGGACUGAGAUCAAAAUCACAGGCAAUAAAACUGACUUCCGGUGAGAGGACAAAUAAUAAGAGGUACGCACCUUACAACUACCGUCCAGACGGAACGUGUCUCGCAAAAGUGAAAGGUACUGCAAAGGGAAGCAUGUCAAAUAGAUCAAAGACAAAUGCUGAAUGUCCUAAUGAUGACAAGGCAACUGCAGUCAAAGGCAUAAAGAUGGGGAAUAUUGGAGAGGAUGAUCAGUCAGGUGACACAGAUAAGGAACAUGUUAGCGGAGACAGUGAUGAUGACUUUGGUGAUGAAGAUAAUGGUAUAAAGACUGAGCCAAGUAGUGAGAUCGACAACAUUGGUUCUGAAAUGGAUGUAAACACUGAUGAUGCAGCAAAUAAUGUUACAGGAGACACACUAGAUGAUUCCAAAUCAUGGGACGAAGAUGCUGGUGAAGAGGAGUUUAGGGAGCCUCCUAAAAAGAUAACAAAAUGCCAUGUUUGUGGGGAAGAGUUCUCUGUGGACGCACAUCUGAAAUCGCACUUCACCAUGUACCAUCCAGACUUGCAGCCUUACAAAUGCGAGAUUUGUGGUACCUGCAUUUGCUCGAAACGAGAUUUGGAACGACACAUGAACGUUCAUUCUGACUUGCGACCUUUUCAGUGCUCAGUUUGUGGAAAAGGGUUUCGACACUCAAGAAACCUUAAAGAUCAUGAGUUUAUACACACUGGACUUAAACCCUUUAAAUGUGAGGUCUGCAAGCGCCGUUUUAGAAAUAAACAUGUUCUCAAAUCACAUUCAUAUAUACAUACUGGUGAAAAACCAUUUAUAUGCCAAGUGUGUGGCAAUUGUUUCAGGACAUCAGGUGAUAUGAAAGCUCAUUCAGUUGUGCAUUCGUCAGAGAAGCCAUUCGAAUGUCAUCGGUGUGAGAAAGCCUUCAAAAGACAAUCUCACCUUCGCAAACAUCUGAAGAAUCAUCCUAAUACAGUCACAGUGAUGGAAGAGGUCGUAUAUGAGGGCAUAUGUGAAUCUCCAAAUGAGGCUGAAAAAGUAGUGGUUACAUACAGUUAGAAUGUUUUAGCUUCAGCCAUCAACUUAGUAUGAGGAUAGAGGACCAUUUGGAGAUUAUGCAGGUUGUUUUAUGUGUUUGUUGGUUAAAACAUGUGGUUAGUCCAUUAGGAAAUUCCCUGUAUAUGCAUUGUUCAUGAAUUUCUAUGUACAUGGACAUUCAAUUGAUGGUAACAUGCCAUUGUGUAUAAAUAAACUUUGUGCCUUAUGUGUGUUGUUAACUUUCAUGUCUUUUAAGGGGUACAAUAUAGGCUGAUAUAGGCAAAAAAUAUAAAAAAUAAUAAUAAUUUGACUUGAAUGACCAAAUACAGCAAAGCAUAGGAUUUGAGUACAGAUAAAACAAUAAAUGAUACUGGCCAUUUAGCUGCCAAUUUAAAAAAAAAAAACAUUCCUAAAGGCUAAUAAUUUGUUUAAUGUACUCAUAUCAUAUGCUAUGUUAAAAUAUGAAGUUUGUUUGCAUCAUACUAUACUUUGCCCCUUAGAUACUCUGGAAGUUACAUCCACACGCUUUUUAUCUGCAGUACUACAUGUACAUGUAAUUACAAAAUUUGUUAUACAACAGUUUUAACUAUACUUCUUUUAUUUAUACAUACUUGUCAUAUGGGCAGAUCAUAAAAUAGUUUAUCUUCAUACAUUAACAAAGCUGUUUUUUACAUUGUUAAUUUUAACAAUAAGAUCUUAAUAUUUUUAAAUUCUUAUUUUUUACCAGAGUGCAUUUCUGUAUGAUUUUA